CGAACAUUCCAGGCAGCAGCCGUGGCCCGCGCGGGGCAUAAGCGCAUCAGCCUGACGUCUUGCGACCAACUUUGGAUGCGCCACUCGCUGCCUUGACCAGCGACCGCCAUUGCAUUGAUCAUUAACCAUUGAUCAUUAAUCUCCAGCAUCCAGGGCAAACCGAGCAGCUCAUCACAGACGCACACUCAACCAAGCAGCCGGCACCAGCCUCAAUCGCCCAUCAUGCCGUCAAUCAGCGACUUGCCCGCCGAGAUCAUCAUCAAGAUCUCGCGCUCCCUGACCACCCAGGAUCUGGGCAACCUGCGCCUGGCCAGCAAGCGCACCGAGGCUGCCACCUUCCUGCCCUUUGCUCGCGAGUUCUUCUUCAAGAAGCAGUUCAUGCUCACCGAGCCCAGCCUGCAAACCCUCAUCGACAUCGCAGAACACCCCCAGCUCGGCCCUCAGUUGUCGCACCUCGUGCUGGGGCUCGACGGCUUUGCAGAGAAUAACCCGCUCAGCUGGAACUUCAACGUAGAGGGCACCCAAGACCAGGUCGCCGAGCUCACAACCCGCCACAGCGCCCAGAUAUGCCUGCUGCAGAGCGGCGAAGCCCGUGAAAUGCUCGCUCACGCAUUGCAGAGACUGCCGGGCCUGCAAACCAUUGGUAUACGCGACUUUUGCUCCAACACGCGCAACCGGGAUCGCGGCGCCUGGCGCAGCUACGGCUCCGUCGCGGCCCAAAAUGCCACCGGCUUGCCAAUGGACAUGAGAGCCCACGCCGGCCCGACGGCCACCGCCGUCUUUCCCAUCGUCAUCCGAGCCUUGGCCAGUGCCCAACGUACAGGCGUCGACCUCGAGGUGAUCCUCAGGACGACCGGUGAGGGCCUGACCGAUAACGCCUUCGCUCUCUCCUCCUUUACCCGUCACCAGACUCUUCCUGUCGUCAAGAGUCUGCGCAAGCUGCACCUUGACGUCCGACUAAUCACCCCCCACACCAUGAGCUUCCACGAUGGAGCCGACAGCCAGGAUAACCAUCUGGACUCGUGGCUGCUUAAAAGUCACCUCCAGAGCUUCCUUUCCCAGGCAUCCAGCCUUGAGUGGCUGCGUUUGAACAUGAAGCACGGGUGGGAGAAUCCCGAAAAGCCCAGGCUUCUCCUCAGCUGGAUCGCCCUCCCACUCUCGAAGCCCGUACCUGUGCCCGGGCACUUCGUCGCCGCGCUCAAGAGGCUAGACCUCGGCGAUGUUUGGGCGAGCCGGGCCUUGUACUGGGCCGUCAUCAAUAAGUUCAAGGACACGCUCGAGGCCUUGAGUCUCUGGAACACCAAAAUCACCAUCUCCGCAGCCCAGUACGAGGACCGGCUAGACCAGUGGACCCAACUCUUCAAGCAGCUCGCUGGCCUCCCGCACCUCAAGGAGGUCACUCUCGGCAGACUCAGGGUGUUUCCCGACUACCCCACCCUGGAUUGCCGUAGGGGGCCCCAGCUCGGCCUCGGUGCCGGCGGCGAUGGCCCAGAGACUCAUUAUCGUGGGAAGGGUGCUGCCGACUUCCUCCAGCAGCUGGCCAACCAUGCACAGCUCGAUUGGGACCCUCUGAAGCCCAGGGCUACCCACGCUGGCACUAUGGAAGACGAUGAGGACGAUAACGACAGCGAUGAAGGAAGCAGCGAGUUCAACGCUAGCGGCGAUGAUGAUGCCAUGGACGAGGAUGCCUGAUGUCGCGAAUGGGAACCUGCCUGGCUUUGGGUUGAAGCCAGCCAACCAUGCGCAAAUGUGACUUUUUUUCUCUCUGGUUUGACGCUGCUUUCGAGAGAGGGAGACUUUGAUGCACAUGUCUAUCAGGGCAUCGAUGUGGCUCCGAGUGCAAAGAGGUAGAGUCAAACAAUCUUAGCCCAGGGACCAAUAUCCAGCUUCCGCUGGUUCACGAAAGGCUUACCAAUCGCUAGAUAAAGCCAAGCCGUGCGUAACGUAAAUGCAUAAACUAUGGAUGAGAAGUUGUUCACCAGCCACGCUUGUCACAAAGAAAAUGGCAGUCCCACCUACCUUGACAACGGAAAGGCGAUUAGGACUGCAUGAGCAGGAAUAAGAGAAAGAAAAAAAAGUAGGAAAAAAAGAAAGAAAGAAAAAGAGGAAAGCCCAUAGCAUUAACCAUUUUAAUCUUCAAAUUUUGUAAAACUGCUAUCUUUUUUUUGUAGUGGCGUGACGGCUUCUCUUUCUGGCUGGGGACUGUCGGGUUGCGGUUGGAUAAAUAAUUUCCCAAUCUAGUUUCGGUUAAAUCGCUGGAAAUAAGGAAGCUCUUUACAUUAGCUGCGAUAAAAACUCAUUGCCCCUUUUGAUAUUAGCCGGUUGCGAGCCAGCCAGCUAACGAAGGAAAUGGGAGCCAAAAAUGUGUUUCGCAGCAUUACCAAUCAAUAGACUUUAGCAACUCUAGCACUUGCG